UACGCUAUAGCUCGCUGUUUGUAUGUUCAUUGCUACUCUCGCUCCACAGCGUUUGUGUGCUUCAGCCCAACACACCAGCCAUUGGCCAACAGUAUGAUUUAACGUGUACAUAGCGAUACCUGCACUUGCUAACUUUAACGCAAGGUAUAUACAUACAGGCUUGGGUUCAUUUUAUACUCAUUCUACCUGUAAACACACUAUCGCUUGCCUGAGUUCUGUUACUGAAAACUAGCACGUGAAUAUACACGGGAAUACUUGGUUUAACUUUAUAGUUUUUUAUACAUUGUGUGGAAAAAAUACCAAAUCAUUAUAAUAAUUUAAAAAACAACUUGAAAGUUUAUAAUGGGUUUUACAGCAAAAAAAUGAUAGCUGCCUUGUAUGGAGUUUUUGCAAAUUUAUACUUUUAGUGAAAGAACUAUUCAAAAGUUACACUAAAUGCAUUGAAGAUGAUACAAAUGUGUAAGUUAGUAUUAUAUUUACACGAAAAGUUGUCCAUUGUGUCGACGAUGAUGCUUUUACAGCAAAUAGUGGCUUUGUGAGGUUUGAAGAGGAAACCGUUGUGUAGGGUUUGGUAUAACACCUGUUUCGGAUUUUACUCGUGCCUUUUCGCAUUCUUUGAAAUCGUUGGAAUAAAGGAGAAGAUGGAAGACUUACGUUUGUUCCUACUUUGUGUAUUAGUUUUGAUACAAACAAUACCUGUGGAAAUGUCCAGUUUCCAGGACUUUCUUGACCUUGGAGACGAUAUUGACGGAUAUUCAAAUUUAAGCACCAAUGAUGAGGAGUUAGAGGACGCAAGAAGAAAGGCUGUUGAUCCCCAAGGAAGCUGGCUAUCUUUUAUAGAACAUUCUAAGCGUCUUCCGGACGGCAAACAAUCAGGACGGAAAAGAAAACAUAAAAGAAAUAACAGAUUGCGUUGUCCGCCAGGGCCUAUGGGACCACCAGGUCCCCAGGGGCCUCGGGGAAUCCCGGGACCCCCGGGGGCUAUAAUCACUCAAGAGGAAAUGAUGAGAGAAUUCCGCGCAAUGGUAAAAGAGGCUGCUGAAAAGCGAGCAGAUGAGCUGGUCAGUGAAAAGUGCAGUGCGUGCCAGGAGGCAGUGAACGGAAGUAGAAUCCGAGCCCCACAGGACGAAGCGGAAGUCCUCUCACACGUUCCCCGGAUAUCCGUCGGCUUCCACAUGCGACUUCGGAGAAACAUUGUCGUGUCAGGAAAAACGUUUAUGGAGCUUAAAACAUUUCACCAGCCUUUUGCAGGCGGAGCCUUUCAUAGAGGAGACACGUUCAACGCUCGGAGUGGUCGGUUCGCGGCUCCCACUGACGGGAUAUAUCAAUUCUCACUCAACCUUCACAUUCGGGCCAAAAAGAAAAGUCGUCGGAGCAACCUGAAAAAACGAGAUACUAUCAACACUCAAGUCUGCAUAGAUAGUUUAUGUCAAAACUUUGCGUCUCUGAAACAUUAUACCGGAUUGGAAAGUAACAGCAAGGUUUUUACUGUUAGUUUCACAGGGUUUUUGGAGCUAAAGGUCGGUCAAUAUGCAUCGGUAUACGUCGACAACGCCUCCAAUCUAAAUGCUGUUGUGCAGAGUGGGUCGGAUUUCACAGGUCUACUAAUUGGAUCGUGAUUAAUUCGAUUAUUGUAUGACGUCAUGAUAUCACCACAACAUGAAUGAGAGACAGUGACGUCAUCAUGUUAGAACAAAUGGUGUAUAUCUUUAGAACCAUUAUGACGUCACACAACAUGUUGACACAAGGACAUCUUAAUUCUAGCACAAAGGGUUACGUAAUGCGAGACCAUGUGACGUCAUAUAUUAUACUGUUUGUGGUAUAUAGGACACAUUGACGUCAUAUACAAUUUGUGUGACGAGGAAAUGUCAUUAUAAUCACGCAUGGUGGAUUGGAUAUGACGUCAUAGUAUGGUAAAAAGUGGUGCGUUAAGUGAGAAACUGUGAGUCAUAAUACAAAGAUAUAUGCCGGAUUUCUAUACGCGACAAUACGACCUCAUGCUGUAUGUUUUACACAAUGACGUCAUAAUACCAUACCACACGAUAUAUGUAACGAGAACCAAUAUGUUAAUUGAACAAUAUUUGUGUCAGGCAGUGACGUCAUACAUAUUUUGGACAAAAAUGACGUCACAGCAGAAUGUUUCAAAGACAUUUAAGUCCUGCAAUAUGUAUGGCAAUUUACGCCAUAUAGCAGACAUGACGUCAUAUGAAUAUCGUCCGCUCAGGUGUACAGAUGGUUUUUUUUCUAAAAAAGCUGUGACGCAGUUCAUUACGUAGACAAUCAAAAACGUAUAUAUCUAUAUGUGUAUAUAUCUAUAUGUUUAUAUCUCUAUGUGUAUAUACC